AUGGAAUUAUGGGUCCUCUUCCUUAUUCUCCAACAUUUCCACCAAACAUCCCGAACCACCAACCUCCCCAAUUCAUCACACGGUCUGAACUUCAAACCCACAAUUAUCCGACUACUCAACACCCGCUUUUAUGUCAGGGUAUCAUUAUUAGUAUUUUGGACGAUGGGAAUGAUCGCAACUUCACUCUAUCAGGCAUUCGAUAAGACCAUCACAGAUCCAACUAGUGAUUUUUUCUUCGCUUCGAUGGGUUUAGUUGGAUUCAUAUGUUUUGCUUCUCAGUCUGAUAUACUUAGAGCAUGGAAUAUACCCACUUCUAAAGAAGAAUGGUCAAACCUCUUUCAUCAUUUACGUUUGACAAAAUCUAAUCGGAACACAAAUCAAAAUGAAAGUGCUGAUACAUCUAUACCUCAGUUACCGAGGUUUAAUCGCCAUAGGCAUAGGAAAGGAGAUCUACCGCCAAUCACCAUAGGUGAUGGAAUACAUCAUCAAAACCCAAUGCGUUCUCAUACCCAACAUGUGAAAAAGUUGGACUUAGGUGAUUUCUUAGGUGAAAUUCAAUUAGAUUCCGAAUUGGUGACGACCUCUGGAGAAGGUGGGCCGAGCGGUAGUGGUAUUUCACCAGAACAAAGUGGACAAACUUUCGAGUUGGAAGAAAAAGAAGAUUUAAGACAUGUCGAUAAAGUCAAUGAUGAUACGUUCCCUUCAUCGGGGAUGAUAAUCACUUUACAUGGACAUGGGAGUGUACAGGUAGAUCAGGAGCAGAGUAUAGCUGGGAGAUCGGAUGCUGGUGAAUUGGUGUAA